AGACAGCAUAGCAUCACAUCCUGCAAACACUCCCGAAAUCCAAUCAGAUACUUUCCUAUCACCACACGCGGGCUCGUCUCCGCCGACUUUUCGCUAUGCCCGGAGAACUCCUGGUCCCCGCCGCACCCCCAGCACCAACAGCAACAGCGCCAAUGGACGUCGAUUCGGCUUCGAACUCCACCUCUACCGCUACCACCACGACCACAAUCAUGUCGAAAUCGCUGCCGUCUAAAUCCGGUGCUGACGCAACUGCUGCUACCAAGACUUCGAUUACUUCCAUAGAUCUUUAUCUGAUAUCUGACGAAGACGCGCAUUACGAACAUGAGAUAUUGCGCGAUCCCUAUUCGAGCAUCAAACCGUGGCUGCGGUAUAUCGAGCAUAAGGUGCAGACCGGAACCAUUCAGGAGCAAGUCUUUGUGUACGAGCGGGCGUGCAAGGCGUUACCGCGGUCUUACAAGAUCUGGAAGAAGUAUCUCGACAUGCGGGUGAAACAUGUCUCCCCCCUCAAUCCGGCCAAGUUCAACGAGGAGUACAACAAAGUCAAUGACUGCUUCGAGCGCUCCCUGAUCCUUCUCAACAAGAUGCCACGCAUCUGGCUCGACUAUCUCACUUUCCUGCUCAAGCAAUGCCUGAUCUCCAAGACUCGGCGCGCAUUCGAUCGCGCUCUCCGUGCCCUGCCGCUCUCGCAACACAGCCGGAUAUGGGAGCUGUACCUUCCGUUCGCCAACUCUGCGUCCGGUGAGACGGCGGUGCGCAUCUGGCGGAGAUACAUGCAGGUGCACCCCGAGGAUGCCGAGGAGUUCAUUGAGUUGUUGGUCUCGCAGGAGAAGUACGAGGAGGCGGCGGAGAAGUGGAUUGAGAUUCUGGACAAUCCGAGGUUCAAGAGUAAGGAGGCGAAGAGUCACUUCCAGAUGUGGAGUGAGCUGUGCGACCUGCUGGUCACCCAUGCGCGAGAGAUCAAGAGCAUCGACGUCGAGAAGAUUGUUCGCAGCGGCAUCAGCAAGUUCAGCGAUCAGCGUGGCAAAUUGUGGACCAGCUUGGGGACGUACUGGAUCACUAAGGGCGACUUCGAGAGGGCACGCGAUGCAUUUGAGGAGGGCAUCACUACAGUCAUGACUGUCCGCGACUUCACGCAGAUCUUUGAUUCGUAUACGGAGUUUGAGGAGUCGGUCAUUUCGAGCCUGAUGGAGGCUGCCGCAGCACGCCAAGAGAAAGGGAAGCUGGACGAGGAUGCCGAUUACGACCUGGAUAUCCGGAUGAUGCGAUUCGAGCAGUUGAUGGACCGCCGGCCUUUCCUAGUCAACGAUGUCCUUCUGCGGCAAAACCCGAACAACGUCAUCGAGUGGGAGAAGCGGGUCGGGCUAUGGGGCGACAACAAGCAGGAGGUCGUACAGACGUAUACCGAUGCCGUGGCUGCCGUCAACCCCAAGAAAGCGGUUGGGCAGUUCCAUUCUCUCUGGGCUGGCUACGCCAAGUUCUACGAGAAGCAUGGAGAUAUCAGACAGGCACGGAUCAUCAUGGAGAAGGCUGUUCGUGUGCCCUUCAAGUCCGUGCAGGAGUUGGCCGAGAUGUGGAUCGAAUGGGCUGAGCUGGAGCUGAGGAACGACAACUUUGACGAAGCUGUCAAGAUCAUGGCCAAGGCCACUCAGGCUCCAAAGAGGAGCAUUGUCGACUAUUUCGAUGAGACCUUGACGCCGCAGCAGCGGGUACACAAAAGUUGGAAGCUGUGGAGUUUCUAUGUGGAUCUCGUGGAGAGUGUCAGCACUCUCGAUGAGACCCGGGCAGUGUACGAGAGGAUCUUUGAGCUGCGGAUCGCAACACCGCAGACAGUGGUCAACUAUGCAAACCUUCUAGAGGAGAACAAAUACUUCGAGGAGAGUUUCAAGAUCUACGAGCGGGGACUGGACUUAUUCUCUUAUCCGGUAGCUUUCGAGUUGUGGAACCUGUAUCUCACCAAGGCGGUCAACCGCCAGAUCGACAUAGAACGUCUACGAGAUCUGUUCGAGCAAUCCGUCGAGGGCUGUCCUCCAAAGUUCGCAAAGACACUCUACCUCAUGUACGGCAACCUCGAGGAGGAGCGCGGACUCGCGCGCCACGCCAUGCGGAUAUACGAGCGCGCCACCCGUGCCGUCUCGGACGAGGAUCGCUUCGAGAUGUUUGAAUUCUACAUCACCAAGUCGGCCUCCAACUUCGGGCUCACUUCGACGCGGCCAAUUUAUGAGCGCGCGAUCGAAGCGCUGCCGGACAAGGAAGCCAAGGAGAUGUGUCUCAAGUUCGCCGAGAUGGAACGACGACUGGGCGAGAUCGACCGCGCGCGGGCCAUCUACGCGCACGCAAGCCAGUUCUCGGACCCCAGAAUCUCCCCCACGUUCUGGGAGAAGUGGGAGAAGUUUGAGAUCCAGCACGGAAACGAAGACACCUUCAAGGAGAUGCUGCGCAUCAAGCGCAGUGUCCAGGCGCAGUACAACACUGAUGUCAACUUCAUCGCGUCGCAGGCCCUGGCAAGAGGUCAGGCCAAGGGUGGUGAGCCCAGUGGCGACGAUCAGGAGAAGAAUGAUGCGAUGGAGGCGUUGGAUCGCGAGGCAAGGGCGCCGCAGGGAUUCGUGGCCGCAUCGACCGGUGCAAUCCCCGGGAACAUUGAUGGUGCAUCCGAGACGGCAGCACCCGUGGCAGCAGCACCCGUGAACCCAGAUGCUAUCGAUCUGGAGAUGGAGGAUUGAACAAAUUGAGUCUCCCCUAAGUAUUUUGAUAAAUAGGGCUAGCUAUUUUGUUCGGAACAAUCUUUUUUUUGUCUGUUUUCAUUUGUUUCAGUGGGUUGCUGGCUGUUUUGGAAAGUGGCUUCGUUCGUAUCGUAUCUUUUUGGGGAUUAGGAGUUUUCUAUUUUUUUCUCUUUUUUUUGUUUCCUCUCUUUUUUUUCUUUUCCUUAUAUCACCAUCAGCAACCUCAUCUGCAUGCACCACCAACCUUUCAUUUGUUACUGUGCUU